UCAAAGACGAUCGAGUGUUUGAAAAAAGCUGAAUUCUCCCAUUCCUUCCAUGUGACGUGAACGCAGCACGAGUCGCAAACACGAAGACGAACGAAGCAGCGAUGAGCUGAUGUUAGCUCGUGUUAGCGCAGUCGUUACACCAUGUAACCGUGAGGAUGAUGUGAAGAUUAUCGCUGAAAUGCGGGUGUAAGUUCCCCGGUAUAUUGCCCCCCCUCCGUUUUCGACCAACAUGGAAACAAAAAGACUGGAAAUACCGUCCGACAUGCUGGACGACCUCUGCAGUCGCUUCAUCCUGCACAUUCCCAGUGAGGAGCGAGACAACGCCAUCCGGGUGUGCUUCCAGAUUGAGCUGGCUCACUGGUUCUACCUGGACUUCUGCAUGCAGAACAAUCCCGGAGCUCCACACUGUGGGAUACGAGACUUCGCCAAAGCUGUUUUCCAUCACUGUCCGUUUCUGUUGCCUCAUGGAGAAGAUGUGCAGAAAGUCCUGGAACAGUGGAAGGAGUACAAGAUGGGUGUACCGACGUACGGCGCGAUCAUUCUGGACGAAUCGUUGGAGAACGCGCUCCUGGUUCAGGGUUACCUCGCCAAGUCAGGCUGGGGUUUCCCAAAGGGAAAAGUCAACGAGGACGAAGCUCCCCACGACUGUGCCGUGCGCGAGGUGAUGGAGGAGACGGGCUUCGACAUUAAGAAUCGCAUCGGCAAAGAUGUUUACAUCGAGCAGAAGAUCACCGACCAGGUGGUGAGACUCUACAUCAUACCCAGAGUGUCCAAGGACACCAAGUUCAACCCCAAAACCAGGAAGGAGAUCAGGAACAUCGAAUGGUUCCCGAUCGAGAAGCUGCCGUGUCACAGGAACGACAUGACGCCAAAGUCUAAACUUGGACUCGCCCCCAACAGGUUUUUCAUGGCCAUUCCAUUCAUAAGGCCACUGCGGGAGUGGAUCAGUAAGCUGAAAGGCGAGUCCACGGACAGCGACGAGGACGUCGUGAACACCAGCAUCACUCCAGGAAAACCCUCCGACAACACUCGAUCAAAAUCUCGUCGGCUCACUGGUACAGAAGUGUUUUUUGGGAACGGUUGGACGAAAAACACGCAGCAGAAAUCCGUGGCUCAGCUGAGUCAAAACGAGCCGAACCAGCACUCGAUCUCGAGGAGCAACGGGAAAAAGAGUCAGGACUCGCCGUACGUGAAGAAAGGAGCCAACGACGGAGGAGGAAACAACCUGCAGGUGAAAAAUGUAUUAAAGGACGAUAAGAGAUUCCAGCCCAGAAAACUGCAAGACAGUUUCGACAGAGAUGUUUCUCCGAGGGACUGCGAUCAGCUCUCCUCUUCCAAGGCGUUUCUCAACUUCAGAUUCGACAGAGACGCCAUCAUGAAGUGUUUCGACUACUGACACGACGACCACGUGCGCCGCGUUUUUUUUGUCCCAAGCAAUGACGGCAACAUCAAACCGGAGCCUUUGAUUGGCAAAAAACUGUCCACGCUGUCGUCGUCAGACAUGAAAGGAUAAACCAUUAAAAAAACGCAAGCGGGAACAUCGGAUUGAUUUUGUUUAUAUUCGAAAAGUCAAAAAUAUUCGCAAUCCUGUUCUGGCUACGUACGUUGGGAUUUUGCUGCGGUGCAGAAAAUCGUUUUCAGCCACGUUUGUGUGACCAGCGUAACGCGAAAAGUAAAGUCGUGUUCGGAUUAAAUUUUCGUUAGUGCUAACAUUACGGUGGUGAUCCGGAAGACACAGAUCUGCUUUUAAAUCAAGCGUUAAGCAUUGUUUUCGGUGGAUUUAUCCGAUCAAAUGUGUUUGGGUUUUUUUUCUACCAAAAUAAGAUUUUAAAUCUCUCGUACACAAAAAAGUAACAAUAAUCUGAUUUUAAUAAUCCGAUCAGCAGCCACAGUCGUCCGUGUGUCUUUGCUGUUAUUUUUGCCGUAACGUGACUUAAACAAACGUCCUACUGAUUUAUUUCCGUUAAUCUUCACUUCUGUUCCAUCGCUUUCUUUAGGUUUAACGUCCAUGGUUCUCGCACAAGUUCUCACGUUGCGUUCUUCGCGGCUCUUUAGGUUAAAACACAGAAGAAGAAAAACACGGAGUUAUGAAACCAGGAUGGAGGAAAAAGACUGUGAACAUUACGCCUUUUUUUAAGAAGUUCAAAGGUUCAACUUUGUUCUUAAACUUGUUCGGACUCUGGACGCGAACUCUUCUCCUUCGAUGUUUGUCCUUUUUUUUAUCGGUUCUUCGUGUUGUCCUUUAGCUUCUGUGUUGUUUCGACUGUGAAUUUAAGUAAAGUCUGUCCUGUUUUUUUCACUGUGUUGUUGACAUGAAACUUUAUUCCACGAACAAAAGUUUUUAUCUUUGGGAGAAGAUAUGCGAAGAAUUGAUUGUAUCGUUGACAGUUGUACAAUUAUUUUUUAUCUGGGAUAAUGUGCGAUAUUAUCACCCAUCAACGAUAAAAACAAAAAGCACGCACAAAAAGCUGUGUCCCUCACCAACACACAGUUUUAGUGAUUAACUCUGAAGUACCACAAGGGGGAGCUGCAUCUCUCCACUCGGAAGUGAACCCGUGAUACGUAACGAUUUUAUUUACGACUGUUGUGACAUGUUUUUCUAAUUAAACGACUUUUGGUAACAAUUUUAGUUAGCGCAAGUCAUUUUUUGUAAUAUUUUUGUUCCCAAACAUUUUAAGGAAACUGAUUUGGUCUCGUUAUUAAUGUCUUUUUGUAUUGUUUUUUUUGUAAUAUUUAGCUUCUUUGUUCAUGUACAUAUUUUUUUUGUCACAUUUCCAAACACUUUUAGGGAACACAACAAUUUUUGUCACUUUUUUUGGUAACAUCACAGUUUUAAAAAAUAUUUUUUGGUAACCAAAUAACAUUUUCGUUAAAAAAUUUUUUUUAACAUUUAUCUUUUAAUUAAUAUAAAUAAUGGAUCAUUUUUUAUGAAAUUUUACAACUUGACAUGUUUUUGGAGUUAAACUAAAGCAAGUCAUUUUGAUGACAAACCUGUUUUUACAAACAUUUUUAGGAAACAAAUUUUUUGUCACGUCUUUUCAUAAAAAAAAAUUUGUAACAGGAGAAAUAUUAUUUUUUGCCAUUUUUUAAAAAUGUUUGUUACAUUUCCGAACAUUUUUAGUGAACGCAACUAUUUCUGUCACUUUUUUUGGUAACAUCACAAAAAAAAAACUGGUUAACCAAAUGAAAUGUAUUUUUUUUGGGGUGUAUUUUUUUGGAAACUGUUGUGACUGUUUUUGAAAAAAAGUUAUUUUUGUAACAUGACAAACCCGAAGAACAUUUUUAGGAAACAAC